AUAUGUUAAUGGUCUUUUAGACUCUUGAAACCUUGGACUCUUAGCCAAACACUAAGUUUGAGUCACAGCAACUACUUACAGUCCACUUGGAGCUGGAAACAUAACCAGUAGAAUUUAUAGACACCUGAGAACAAGGGCCACACAAUUGAAGGGUGUUGGUAGCUAGUGCAUCUUAAGGAGUGUGGAGUGCAUUUACACAUCUGGAACAGACUGUAGCCUCUCUUUGAAGGUCAACGUUUCUCCUCUUGAAAUUUUUGUAAAAAAAGUUUAGGAUAUAUAGUCAAUCCUGCCUUGCAGGAACAUUUUCGUUUUUAGUGGAUUAUAGUUUUAUCGCAUACAUAUCAUCAUGAGCUCUUUAGAAGAAAGACGUGAGGCCCGUCGUCGUAGGCGUCAACAAGAAGAAGAGCUAGAUGUAAAAAGUUCAGUUACCUCCCCUGAUGAUCCUUUGAACGAGAAGAAACAGAAGGAGCGAGAGGACCGCCUUCAGAGAAUAGCUGCCGGUUUUAGUACAUUAAAUGGAGAAGAUGAGUUAGAACGUCGUCGCAAGGAACGUCGAGAACAAAGAUUAAGAUCUGGUGAGACGGAAACACCCUCAGAAGACACUUCCUCACGCAGAAACCGAAGAAGGCGUGGCACAGAGGACGACAUCGACACAUCAGCCACAGAAGAAGUAACAAGUACACGCUCACGUAGACGACGGGGUGAAGAGGAGGAAACUGACAGUGCACCAGUUUCAGUUCCAGAACCAGAACCAGAACAAGAAUCACAACCACAGGUAAACAACAACGCCGAAGAAGAAGAAAGUCGUCGACGGGAAGAAGAGGAAGAAGCUGAGAGACAACGACAGGCAGCAGAGGAGACAAGACGUAGGCAACAAGAGGAGGAAGAUAGAAGACGACGAGAGGACGAAGAAAGAAGACAGAGGGAAGAGGAGGAACAAAGGAAAAGGGAAGAAGAGAGCAGUGAAGAGACAGACUCUGAAUCAGAUAUGGACGAAAAUGAUAAGAGGUCUCGUGCUCAACAAAAGGACCAUGACGAUCACGAGAGAAAGAUUGAUGAACAGCUAAAAAGGCUUAAAAGUUUAGAAAAUGAAAAUGAUUUGUUACUGGAGGAAGAAGGGUGGAAUGGGACUUCUAAUGGUGUCACUUCUGUUCGUAAGAAGUCUGAUGAACGAGGAAAAAAAUUAUCACCUAAGGAACCAGUUAGGCGUUCACUUACUGAAUAUUCAUUACGAACAGCGGAAGAUGGAAAAUGUGGGAAAUUAAAAUCAUUUUUUGAAGAAAAAGUUGAAGGUCAUGUGAAUGGGGAUCAUAACGAAUUGUCAAGGAGUCUGAAUUUUAGUAAAAAAGUAACGGGACAUACGUCUUUAGAGGACAAAUCCCCAGUGCAUGAAAAAUGGAAGAAAUUUGAAAUAAAACAACAAACAAAAGACUUACAGCAGGAAACUAAAAAAGAUUUGGCUGCUUACCAAGCCAAGGUUAUCUCCCCUGGUGCUUCUAGACUCAAAGAUAUACAAAAGAAAUUUGAAGAUAAAACUAACACAGAAAAUUCUAGGAGUUCCUUAGGAAGACUCAGUGCCAGUGAAAGUCAUUUAAAUGAAAAGCCUAUCUCAGAGAAAGACAGCAAGAAACAUAUCUUAGAUCGCUGGAAUUCAGCUGUAGAAACUAAGAAAACUCCAUCAAAAACUCAAUCAUGGUUAUCUAAGUCUAUGAGUGUUAGUGUUGAGUACGAUCUAAAUAAAAAGGGAGAUAAGAUAGAACGAUUGACAUCUAAAUUUGACCAUAAUAGAAACGAAAAGCCAGAUAAGAUUAUUAAAAGUGCUACAUUACCCAUCCAAACAAAUAAAGAUAUGUCCUUGCUUAAACGCCAGUGGUCAGCAAAUACAGAAGAAUCGGUCAAUUCAAGUGACAUUCCAGAACAAAGAUCUACAAAUAGACAUUCAGUUCCUAAAGUUACGGAUCGAUGGCUUCGUAAAUCACAAUCUUCCGUAGAAACAGUAACUGCACUUCCUGCAGUGCCAGAAUCUAGGACAAGACCGUUGUCUACAUCAUCUGUUGAGAGUAACAAAGAGAAUCAGUCAGAUCCUCAACCUCGGCCAGACAGUUGGCGACGGAGAAGUUCUGCAAAAGCGGAAGAGGAGGAGAGAUUAGAGAGAGAAAGACAAGAGGCAGAGGAAAGAGAACGUGAGGAGGCAGCCAGACAAAUGGAGGAACAACAAAAGAAGAAGAAGGGAAAGAGGAAGGGACUGGGUGGUCUCUCUCCAGAGAAGAAAAAGAUGUUAAAAAAACUUAUUAUGCAAAAAGCUGCAGAAGAUCUUCGUAAUGAGGCUAAAGCUAAAGCAGAAGAAAAGGAACGUUAUAUUAAUGAGCGUGUCGGUCAUUUAAAUCUUGAAGGAAAAGCUGAAGGUGAUUUGGUAAAACUGUGUAAACAAUUACAUCAACAAUUAUCUAAACUAGAGGAAGAAGUGUAUGACUGGGAGGUGAAAAUCAGAAAACAAGAUCAAGAGAUUAUCACAUUAACAUUAAAAGUAAAUGAUUCAAAGGGAAAAUUCGCCAAACCAGUCUUAAAGAAAGUCAACAAAACAGAAAGCAAAUUUAAAAAACUAACUAGUAAAACAUCAAAAGAUAAAGCAGAUUUCCGAGAUAACCUGAAAUCCACAGGACAAAGUAAAUUUGCAAUAGAUGAAGAAGAGAAGAAAUAAUCACCCUUUUAUAAAGAAGAUAUACAGACAACAGAUGAUACAGCAGCAAAUGGAAUUAGAACUUUGACCUCAAUCCCAUCAUCCUUACAGGAAAGGCAACAUCUCAACAGAUCCAAGGUUGUGUUGUAAUGACCUUGAAAAAAUAACAUCCACCAUCAGAGAACCCAUUUGCCAUACAGAACUAUCAUUGAAUAAAAGUGUGCAUUUUUUGUAUCGUAAAAGAUGACAAUUUUACUUGUAACUUUCGUGUCUGUAUCUUCUUUUACUUAUAUUUGUGCAGGUUAAAUGCUGUAUCUUCUUUUACUUAUAUUUGUGCAGGUUAAAUGCUGAUGAAGCUGUAAUUAUAUCUCCAUGUUUUUAUUUUUUACUGAAUGUGAAUAUUUUUGACAGAAUGUUGUGAACAAUAUAGUGAUAUUAUUUAUUGUAGUGUGACGAUAGCCUUUACAUUAUAAAUUUACUGGCAGUUAAAAAGAUAAUUAUAUUGUGUUCAUGUCAGUGUAACGUUUCGGAAUAGACAAUGUAUCUAUAUUAUUAUAAGGUGCUUGACAAUAUAUUGAGAUUUUAUCCAAAUAAUAUUAUAGCCAUAUAAUGUUGUGAUAUUCAAAACUUUAUUUUUACAAAUUAGAAAUAUAGUAUUUACAGUUUAUAUAAAAAAAAAAAUGUAUUGGUAUUUAGUCAUUUAAACACAAAUCUCUUUCAGGGUAUGAUAGAUCUGAAAUAUUACAGGCUUUUUAAAUAAUCUAAAUCAAAUAUUAAGAAAUUUAGAAAAUUUUAAAGAAAUUUUUCUGAUUGUUGAGUUUUGUUUUUGUCUUGUUUUUGUAAAUUUUCUUAUUUUAAUUGUCUGUUAUAUUUACCUCAUGUUUCCAACAAUUCAUUAAGACUAAGAAAAAAGUUCUACUUACCUCCCUUUUUGUCCAUCUCUUGUCUCUGUUGACAGUUGGGAGAACCUUUCAGCAUUAAUUAUUAACCAAUCAGAUGAAUACAUUGAGGUCAGUCAGAACAUAGUUGUUUGUAUUUAGAUAUAGAAUGUUGUUGUGUCAGAGAUAUUUAUUUAGUUGUAAGCCUGAUUAAAUCUGUUAUCAUUUGCAAUAAA